UUUGCAGCCGGUAAAUAUUUGCGCGUUUCUCCGACAAAAACAAGUAAUUUUAACAAAAAUUAAAGAAAUUGUCAUUAAAAGCUAUAAAAAACAAUUUAAAAUAUAUAAAAUUUUCAACAAGUGUUAGUAUAGUGCCAAUUACCAUUAUGUCGGGCAGUCCGUUUGUCAGCAAACGCGGUUUGAUUAAACCACAAACACCACAACGUGUUGCUGCUCUGUCUGGCGCAGCAGGAGCAGCCAAUGAUUCGCUUAAUUAUUCCAUUACCUUAAUGCCCACCGAAUUGCAAAGAAUGCUAGAUCAAUCUAAUUUAAACUCAAGCGCAAUGGGCUCUUCCUUUCAUGCCGGUGGCGGGGCGGACAAUCAAAGUUUGUGUGACCGUUCGGUAAUGGAGCAGACAAAUAUGGAUAUGUUUAAAGAAAAGGCUGAUAUGUUAUUUCCACAAUUUUUAGAGGUUCUACAAGCACGCACCAAUGAUUCGGAAGUAUUUGAUACCAUACAGGAUAUAAUACACACCUGUUCAGGUGUAAUGGAGGAAUAUCAAAAAGAUGGCUUAAGGCCGGGAGAUAAAAAGACGAGUAGUAAAACUGAAUGGCUGGAAAAAGAGUGCAAGACAUGGAAAUUAUUGUAUGCCUUGUAUAAAGAUCGUAUUUUAAUACAAAAUGGUGAGCAGGGCAUGGAUUAUGAUGGUCCCACUUUAGGUGGUUCUGAAAAGGAUGUUAUAGCUCAACUUUAUAAUUGUAACUCUACGUUAAGAGAGUACCAAUUGAUUAUAGAUUGGCUAGAAGCCUGUUAUGAUGGUAAACUAUUAGGGCCCCAGGUGGGCCAUACCACCGAUCGUACUGUUGGCUGGGAAAAUACUUUGUUUCAGUUGAAAAAACAGCAGCAUGUAGCUUUUGGCUCAGGAGCAGAAAUAGUUAAAUCUCUAGAUCCUGACGCACCUAUUAGAGAGAAAAAACCUUUGCAUGCAUUAGAUGAGGAAGAUAAUAUGCGUUUGUCACGUUGCAUAUUCCAGGAAAUACGUCAAGGACGCAUAGAUGAGGCCAUGGCUUUGUGCAAGUAUUGCGGUCAAACUUGGAGAGCAGCCAUAUUAGAGGGUUGGCGUCUUCAUGAAGAUCCCAAUUAUGAGGCCGUACAAACUAAUAAUCGCGAAAAAUUACCUAUUGAGGGAAAUCCACGCAGAGAUAUAUGGAAAAAAUGUGCCUGGAUGAUGGCAGACUCGAAGAAAUUUGAUGAAUAUACUAGAGCCAUAGCCGGAACGUUCUGUGGCCAUUUGGAGUCUCUAAAAACCUUACUUAAUAACUCUUGGGAGGAUUUGUUGUGGGCCUACUUAAAGGUCCAGGUGGACAUAAGGGUGGAAAGUGAAAUAAGAGCAUGUUGCAUGAAAUCUUAUCAUGCCUUACCCGAUGCCUAUUGGAAUUCGAAAAUGUCAUUGGAACAAAUAUUCGAUGAGCUUGUAGUACAUAAUGACGCCGCCGUACGUGAUUAUGCUCAAAGUAAAGUGGGUAUUAUACAAAAAUAUCUAGUACUCGAUAAUGUCACUGAACUUUUGCAACAAAUGAGCAGAUGGAUAGAAGAGGAGAAAGCUGCUGGUGAAAAUGAGAACUCUCUAAGUCCUCAUAUGUUAAGAUUCCUCACACACAUAGUGUUAUUUAUGCGUCAGAUAGGGCGGGUAGAUAAGGAGGAGAAUGCUGAUCGCAUUAUAUCUGCCUAUGUGGAGUGUUUGAUACAAAUGAAAGACUCCCAGUUGGUGGCGUUCUAUACUGCUGCAUUGCCGCAAAAAUUGCAAAUAAUUUUAUACUCAAAAUUCUUGGAAUCCAUAACUGAAACCCAGCAAAGACAACAGGCUUUAGAGGAAGCUAUGAAUGCUGGUCUAGAUGUAGAAAAUAUAACCCGCCAUACGGUGGAGAAUAUAAGCCAACGUCAACUUUCUGAAGCGGAUGUUGAACAGCAAGAGUCUUUGCAGCAAGGUGAUAUAUCAGAAUUUGACCAACAUAAAAUUAAGGCUUUAGAGUGGUUAACCUUUUUACCCACCCAGCGUGGUGAUUUGCUGUGGCAGGCUAAUGCCAUGAUACGUUACUUUUUGGCUGAAAAUAAAUUGGAAUGUGUACGUUCCGUUUAUAAUAUGAUUCCAGGCGAUUCUCUUACACAAAUUAUUAAUAUAUAUGGUUCUAAGGAUAAUUUCCCCUGUCGUGAAGAUUGCAGCAUUAAGGAAUAUCUAAGUUAUAAGGUCUAUUUGGCGGCUAUAGAUUCUUUUAAUGAAUGGUCACGUUUAUAUCACAAUCGUCCCAAGGAACCUCAAAUGGUUAGUGCUGGCGCAAAUUUUACCGAGCGCAUUGCCUCCGAACACAAGGAACAGGUCUAUAGGAAUGAAUUGCAAAGAUGGAAUGUAUCGUUGGAAGAACAAUCAAAAGUUUGUCGUGAUGCUCUCUUCAAUAUUUUACUAUUCCCCGAAAAAGGUUGGCUUAUUGAUCCGGAUACACCUAAAGAUCCAGCUGAUAUACCCCAAGUUGUUUGGGAAAAUCGUCAAAUUCAAUUGGAUAAAAUCCGUCGGAUAUGUAUACCAGAAAUUGUCUUACUUCUCCAUAAGGUAUUACAUUUAUCCGAAGAUUAUCAGGGUUGUGUUAAAUUAGCCGAUGAAGUGGCCUCGGAAAAUCGUCAAAUACAUCGGGUGUAUACAAAACAUAAAUUGGCAGAACUUUUAUCAAAAUUAGCUGAAUCUUCGUUGGAAUUAUUGAAUAAGAAAUUAGAUCCCUGGGGUUAUCCAGCAACGGUUUAAUAACAAUUAAAAGAAAUCCAUUUUGUUAGUAUUAAGUUUUUUUUUUUUGUUAAAAAAGUUUAAAAGUAAUAAAAAUUUUGAGUAAAAAUUA